AUGGGCAAAGAGGAAAGCGUACUGGUGGGAAAGGAGCUAAUAGGAGAUGUGGAUCUUGAAAAUGAAGGAGCAAAGAAUGAAUAUAUUCUGAAUAUUGUGGUACAAGAUAUUGCUUCUCCUUACUACACUAAUAAUAUCUACAUUUAUAUCAAAAUACUACCAGUCAAUGAAUUUGCUCCAGUCUUCACUAGUUCUUCAUAUGUUUUUAAUGUGUCGGAAAUAAGAGCAGCUGGAUCCGAAAUUGAACAAGUGAAAGCUAGUGACAAAGAUGUUCCACCUAUUGCAAUAUCAUAUUCGAUCUUUGACUUCCUAGAAACAUUUUGGAUUGAUCCUAAAAUGGGCAACAUUAAACUUUUGACUAGAUUAGACUAUGAAACAAAUCGAAAGUACUCUUUCAUAGUGUGGGCGUCUGAUGGGCUCAGAAACUCUAAUGCAUCUAUAACAGUGAAUGUUCUUGAAGCAAAUGAUGAACCACCAAUUUGUUCACCCAAUUCAUAUUUGUUGGAGGUUCCAGUGGACCUAAGGAGUGGCACCAACAUUGCAGGUUUUAGUAUUUCAUGUACAGACAGGGAUUCAAGUCCUCGAUCAUUCCGAUACUCUAUUAACUCAGGAAAUGUGAAUAACCAUUUCACCUUUUCACCAAGUGCUGGCUCUAACAUCUCAAAAUUGAUACUUGCAUCCCCAUUUGACUUUGAGGGAGGCCUGGACAGCCUUUGGGAAUACAGACUAUUAGUCUUCGUAACAGAUGAUAAUUUAUUAUCGAGCACCAGCAGAACCGCAGCCCUCAUCCAAACGGGCACAGUGACAUUAACUAUCAAAAUCAUUCCAAACCCAACCACCGUGGUCCCUACAACACUUGGCAUUACCUUUGUGACCAGUAGAGAAAAUGUUUAUUCUGUAUCAGCUUGGUAUGUUCCAUUCAUCAUCGCCCUUGGCAGUUUCCUGCUUCUUGGAAUCCUUGGGUUUCUCACCUUUUUGCUGGCAAAAUACAUCCGUACCCACUGUCAGUCAAAACCCAAAGCUGAUAAAAAACCACUGAUAGAAGUGCCAGAAAAGAAGAAGGCUAAGAAAGAAGUAGUAUGGGAGCUGACCAACUUAAACCCUAUUUUUGAUGGGGAAGCAAGAGACCCAGUCACUGGCAAAUUUUAUGAAUAUAAUUCAAAAUCUGGAGCCCGAAGAUGGAAAGACACAAAUGUGCCUUCCACAUUGGAAGCAAAGGACCCAGGUACACAAGAACUACCAGCAACAAGUGCUAUGCACAGUGGUCAAGAGAAUCUAAGCCAAACAGAAGCUGAUAUCAGUGGCAGAAAACUGGAAGAACAAAAGCACAUGACACCAAAACCCUCAGAAAAGAAGGCAGAGACUCCUGACCAAAACAGCAACCUAAAGCUACAGAAGCCAAAAGAAGAGCCGCUGGGCACAGGGUCAUCUUCAGCCAUUCCCCCACGCAGGUCUCCAAUCCCCUCCCCUAAAAUAUAUCCCAAAUACCAAAAUCAGUCUUAA